AUGGAAUCAAGCGACUCCGGCAAGUGGAAAGAAGCGUGUGACUCGGAGUUCGAUUCGCUUCAGAGAAACAACACGUGGGAAAUCGUGCCUCUUCCGAAAGGUAGCAAGGCCAUCGGGUGCCGAUGGGUUUUUCGUGUAAAGGAGAAUCAAGAUGGCGAAGUUGAACGUUUCAAGGCAAGACUUGUGGCCAAAGGAUUCUCACAGAAAUUCGGAGUUGACUAUGAAGAAACUUUCGCACCGGUGGCCAAGUUCACAUCGAUUCGUGUGGUGCUCAGUAUGGCCGCUAAGUACGGCCUAAUGCUACAUCAGAUGGACGUCAAGACAGCGUUUCUUAACGGCUCCCUCAACGAAGACAUCUACAUGGACCAGCCGGACGGAUACCUGGAUGCAACACAGCCGGACUAUGUGUGCAAGCUAAAGAGAUCACUCUACGGCUUGAAGCAAUCGCCUCGCAUGUGGAACCAAACAAUCGAUGGGUUCAUGAUCAAGAUGGGAUUCAAGAAGUGCGAAUCGGACCACUGCAUCUACAUCAAGCGAGACGACCAAGACAUGAUUCUCGUGGUGCUCUACGUCGAUGAUCUCAUCCUGGCCAGCAGCAACAACGAACUUCUCAAGUCAACCAAGAUGGCGCUGAGCAAACGCUUCGAAAUGACGGAUCUCGGUGAGCUCGAUUACUUUCUCGGCAUGGAGAUCAAGAACGACCGUAAGACGGGAAUGGUGACUGUACAACAAACCAAGUUUCUCAAGUCCGUGUUAACCAAGUUCGGAAUGGAUAACAGCAAGCCAGUGAAGACGCCUCAAGAUCCCGGCCUGAAGCUAACCAAGAACAUGUGUGAACAAGAAUGCAAGCACGAAGACACCAUGUGCAACGUGCCAUAUCGAAGUGCUGUCGGAGGCAUCAUGUAUCUCAUGGUCGCCACACGUCCGGAUCUAGCUGCUGCAGUGGGAUCAUUAUCCCAGUUCUCGUCCGACCCAUGCCCGACUCACUGGCAAGCUUUGAAGCGUGUGCUGAGAUACCUGCAAGCAACGCCCAAUCAUGGUCUUGAGUUUACACGUGAAGAAGGAAGCCGUAUCUGCGGGUACACCGACGCAGACUGGGCCGGCGACAUUGAGUCAAGACGAAGUACAAGCGGCUAUGUGUUCAUGAUGAGCGGAGGAUGCAUCAGCUGGAAAAGCCAGAAACAACGGACGGUCGCGCUAUCUUCAACAGAAGCAGAAUACAUGGCGCUUUCCGAAGCAACCAAAGAAGCAGUGUAG